UCCCGGAAACGGUCCCAGAGGACCGGAAGUGACCCUCUUUAUUUCUCUGCCUCACGUGGUGCUGGCAGGAAGUGACGCGCGUGGCCCGGGAGCUGCGGACGCAGAGGCCGACGGAGCUGGAGUCGCGGACGCCGCGGGGUCUCCGGGACAGGAACCCUCAGUGCUGUGUCUAGAUUCUGCAGGGGAGGUUUGCUGGGACCUUGACCCCACCCAGCCAGCGAAAUGGCAGCCACACUCGAUUUGAAAUCAAAGGAGGAGAAGGAUGCUGAGUUGGACAAGAGGAUCGAGGCUCUUCGGCGGAAGAAUGAGGCCCUCAUCCGGCGCUACCAGGAGAUUGAGGAAGACCGUAAGAAAGCUGAACUUGAGGGAGUCGCUGUCACAGCUCCCCGAAAGGGCCGCUCAGUGGAGAAGGAGAAUGUGGCAGUGGAGUCGGAGAAGAACCUGGGUCCUUCCCGGAGGUCUCCUGGGACCCAUCGGCCCCCAGGGGCCAGCAAGGGGGGCCGGACUCCUCCACAGCAGGGAGGCCGGGCUGGCAUGGGCCGAGCAUCACGCAGCUGGGAGGGCAGUCCCGGGGAGCAGCCUCGAGGAGGAGGAGCUGGGGGCCGUGGCCGGAGGGGCCGGGGCCGGGGUUCCCCUCACCUCUCUGGAACUGGAGACACCUCAAUCUCCGACCGUAAAUCUAAGGAGUGGGAGGAGCGGCGCAGGCAGAACAUUGAGAAGAUGAACGAGGAGAUGGAGAAGAUCGCCGAGUACGAGCGCAACCAGCGGGAAGGGGUGCUCGAACCCAACCCGGUGCGGAACUUCCUGGAUGACCCCCGUCGACGCAGCGGGCCCCUGGAGGAAUCUGAGCGGGACCGCCGGGAGGACAGCCGCCGGCAUGGCCGCAACUGGGGGGGCCCUGAUUUUGAGCGGGUGCGCUGUGGCCUUGAGCAUGAGCGGCAGGGCCGCCGAGCUGGCCAGGGCAGUGCUGGAGACAUGACGUUGUCCAUGACGGGCCGGGAGCGGUCGGAGUACCUGCGCUGGAAGCAGGAGAGGGAGAAGAUCGACCAGGAGCGGCUGCAGAGGCACCGCAAACCCACUGGCCAGUGGCGGCGCGAGUGGGACGCCGAGAAGACUGAUGGGAUGUUCAAGGAUGGCCCAGUCCCUGCCCAUGAACCAUCCCACCGCUAUGAUGACCAGGCCUGGGCCCGGCCCCCGAAGCCCCCUACGUUUGGGGAGUUCCUGUCCCAGCGCAAAGCUGAGGCCAGCAGCCGCAGGAGGAGGAAGAGCAGUCGGCCCCAGGCCAAGGCAGCGCCCCGGGCCUACAGUGACCAUGAUGACCGCUGGGAGACAAAAGAGGGGGCAGCAUCCCCCACCCCUGAGGCUCCACAGCCCACUUCCCCUGUGGAGACAUCCACGCAGCGACCCAAGAUGCCAGCUCCUGCCCACCAGCCUCCCGAAGACAAGGGGGAAGAGAACGAGGGGGAAGAGGAUGAAGAAUGGGAGGACAUAAGUGAGGACGACGAGGAGGAGAUCGAGGCGGAGGAAGGUGAUGAGGAGGAGGAACCACCCCAAGACCACCAAGCCCCAGAGGCCGCCCCCACUGGGAGCCCCUGCAGUGAGCAGGCCCACGGAGUCCCCUUCAGUCCAGAGGAGCCCCUGCCGGAGCCCCAGGCCCCUGGCACGCCUUCCAGCCCUUUCUCACCACCCAGCGGCCACCAGUCCGUGUCCGAUUGGGGUGAAGAGGUGGAGCUGAAUUCUCCCCGGACCACCCACCCGGCUGGCGCCCUCUCUCCGGGUGAGGCCUGGCCUUUUGAGACUGCAUGAAGCUGGCUGCCUGUGUGUGUGUGUGUGUGUGUGCGUGCGCGCGCGCAAGUGCGCGUGCCCUGGAGGGGUGUGGCUGGUGGGGGACCCUUGGGGGCUGGGCCCUGGGACCCAGUGUGCCCUACAGCCCUGGUGGCUGUUGGUUGGGGGGCAGCCCAUGCUCUUCUGUAAGGUCAUGCCCUUCUCUGGAAUGCCUCCUCCCAGAGCCUGCCCCAGCCCUUCGAGCCCCCUCCCCAAUAAAGAAUUCACAUUCUCAAAUGA